AGAGCUUCGCUUGAAAAUUAAAUAAACUAAUCAAAUUUCAUGAAUCUUAAAUCAGAAUUUCAGCGGUGAACAUUGACUGCAAACCAUGGCUUAUGGCAACGUUCGAUUUAGUUCGAAUCAGAGACCUGUAACAGUUCAGUCCAUCGUAGAAAGUUUGAUGAUAAUUCGAAGAAAUGUGGCGAAUGCACGGUUUUAAUGAUAUAAAAUUGCUCAGCCUUUAUGGUGACUGAUGGCAUUUCAUUUUACACGCGAAGAUACUCUUUCUAGGAGAUGGGUUCAGAGGACAUCAAGCUGUUGAUAUGUGGCAGCGGUAAUGGAGCGCACGCAUUUGCCGGCAUAGCGUCCUCUUUGCAGGGAACUGAAGUUCGUGUGCUUAGCCUGUAUCAAGAUGAAGCAGAACGUUGGAAUACUAACAUGCAAAUCAAGGAUCUUGAAGUUGUCUUGCAUCGGAAGGGACAAGAUACAACAUUUGUUACAUCGAAACCUUCGAUGGUAACUAAAAGCGCUCGGGAUGCCAUGCGGGAUGUGGAUAUUGUCGUUUUCGUACUUCCAGCGUUUGCGCAUCAAGUCUUCCUGGAUGCCUUAAAACCCUAUAUAAAACCUGGCACAGUACUUGUUGGUAUGCCGGGAGAGCCAGGUUUUGAAUUCCAAGUUCGUCACGUGCUGGGCGAGACAGGACGGCGAUGCACUGUAAUGAAUUUUGAAUCUUUACCAUGGGCAUGCCGCAUUACUGAGUUUGGCGCUAAAUGCGAAGUUCUUGGUACCAAGGAGACUCUUCUAGGAGCCGUGAAGGAAGGAGAGGGUUUGACAGCCAAGAAGGAUCCGGUAUCAACAUUGCAAUAUCUCCUGGGACCUCUCCCUAAACUGAUCGUUUCGGGUCACCUUUUGGGUGUUCAGUUAAUGAGUGUUAAUGCCUAUUUGCACACUUCAAUAACUUAUGGUCAGUGGGAGGGUUGGGACGGAAAGCCACUGGCUGAAGCACCUUUGUUCUACAAUGGCUUGACCAAGUCAGCAGCAAGUAUUAUCUCCAGUGUCUCUGAUGAGGUUGUGAAUAUUGCUAAGGGUUUUGCAGAGAAAACAGGAGCAGAUAUGUCUAACGUGGAGCACAUUUACAAUUGGUACAUGAGAUGUUAUCCACAAGACAUCUCUGACAAGACCAAUCUCUACACAGCAAUACAAACUAAUGCUGCCUACCAAGGGUUGAAACAUCCCGUAAAGAAAACUGAGGAUGGAAAAUUCCUUCCAGAUUUCUCCCACCGUUACAUGACGGAGGAUAUACCGUUUGGCUUGGUUGUCAUCCGAGGUAUUGCUGAAAUCAUGGGUAUCGAGACACCGAAUAUCGACAAGGUACUUACAUGGAGUCAGCAGCAAAUGGGAAAGGAAUAUCUGGUGGACAAAAAGUUGCAAGGGAAAGAUAUCAGCACUUCAAGGGCACCACAGAGCUAUGGGUUCACUACCAUUGAAUCCAUCCUGUAAACCUGCUUCUUGAUAUUGUUACCUUAGAUUUUAAUGUCGAGGUUAAACAACGAUAUUUGUAUUUUUCAUUGUUCAAAAGCCAUCACAAGAAAUGUUUUUCAGGAAAGAUAAGAAGAACUGAGGUAGUGAUCUGUUUCGAUGAAAAUGAUGUAAUUUCCAAUUAAUGCUUCUUCUAAGGUGCAUUUUGCGUAAAGAGGGUAUGGCUUGUUGAGUUGCAUAAACCUACUUUAAAAGACAUGUUAACCUUUCCUCGAUUUUGUCCCACUAUUCGUUUUGAUCAUCGCCGUUGUAUUAAGUCUAUUACCACUGAAGAUGUUCAGUAUUAAACCUUAUUGUAGUGUUCAACUUUGUAACUUAUUUUUGGUCAUUUAUGGCUCAGUGUCAUAAAUCAUUGCAGAGGUCUACUUUCUCUGAUUGUUUCAGGGUAAUCAGUACAAUAACAAAUGUUAGUUUACCAGA